CAAUUUCAAAAGGAAUUAAUAAAGAAUCGUUCCCAAGAUAGGAAGUGGUCUUCUCCUAGAAGCUCAAUUGGUAUCCUUCCAAUUAGAAUUCCAAACUUUCCAAUCCUAGCUUCUGAAAGAAGAGAAAAGAUCAGACCAGCAACCCCAUCAUCGACAACAAAGACUUUGGAUGAUAGAAUGAUUCGAAAGUGA